AUGCUGCCUCAUUGCAGCUCACCAGCCUCCCUCUCACAUAAGGCUCUUGUUUUUCUAUCCUCAUUUCUCUGGACUCCAGUGGUUUCUUCUCCUGCUUCCAUGAACUUCUCUUUCUUCCUGAUUUUCUCUCUCUUAUUCAACCUUUAUCUCUCAGAGGCAGUGGCAGCACAUAAAAAUAACUAUGCUGCUCUCUUCAGUUUUGGUGAUUCACUUGCUGAUACGGGAAACCUCCUUCUCUCUGGAGCAAAUAUGUUUCCCGGAAAAAUAACCGACCUUCCUUAUGGGGAGACAACUUUUAAGGAAGCGACUGGUCGGUGCUCCAAUGGCCGUCUUAUUGUCGACUUCUUUGCUGAGGCUUUGGGGCUACCACUUUUGCCUCCUUAUCUCUCUAAGACACACAGGAAGAAGGACUUCAGAAAGGGUGUUAACUUUGCGGUUGCAGGAGCCACUGCACUCCAAAAAUCCUAUCUUGACAGGAUGGGUAUUCUUAAUUUUGUGACCAAUCAAGACUUCUCCCUUGGAGUGCAGCUCAACUGGUUUGAACAACUCCUGCCCUCUCUUUGUGACCCUUUAGGUGAUUUUCUUCUUGAUCUUGCUCUGAUUGAGUGCAAGAAGUAUAUGAAGAAAUCAUUAUUUUUGGUAGGGGAGAUUGGUGGUAACGAUUACAACUAUGCUUUCAUUGCGGCCAAACGCAUGGAUGAGCUCAAGUCUCUUGUACCACAUGUCCUUAAGUCCACCAUGCAUGCAGUAGAGGUACUGAUCCGCAAGGGUGCGAAAAAUGUAGUAGUACCAGGAAACUUGCCGAUCGGGUGUUUACCGAUUUAUCUGACACUUUUCAAGAAAUUUGAUAGACAACAGUAUGAUCCACAAACUGGAUGUCUUACAUAUUUGAAUGACUUUUCCAUCGACCACAACUCAAAGCUCCAAGAAUCAAUCAAAGUUAUGAGACAGAGGUUUCCCCAUGCAAGAAUUAUGUAUGCUGAUUACUACAAUGCUGCCAUGCGCAUCUUCAAGAAACCAGAAUCCCAUGGGUUCACAAAUGAGACACCUCUCUCUGCCUGCUGUGGACGUGGUGGCCACUACAACUUCAACUUCAUAAAUUGGUGCGGCCACUUAGGGGUGCCAGUGUGCAAUGACCCAUCCUCACAUGUGAGCUGGGAUGGAAUCCAUCUCACUGAAGCCGCAUACAAAUCCAUGGUCCAAUCGUUGCUUUGUGGUGGUCUCACCUACCCACACAUUGAGCUUCCCCCAUCUACUUGCCCUAAAUGAAAAAGAAGAGAUGGAAGAGUAUGAGUUAUGAGGUUUCUUUUUUGUUAAUAUGAAGCAUG